CUCAGUACCGGCACCUCAGUCGGCGCGCGCUCAGUCAGUCAGGCAGUGUCAGUCGGUGUGUACAGUGUCACGGCAUGUUGUCCCUCACACUUGUCGCUCCUUUCUUCUUCAUAGCUGUGGUCAGGGCCCAGCAGCGCUGUCACGUGUGUGUCCCGAGUGGUGGCGCGCCGGAGGUGGAGGCGCUGUUCCCCGGUUCUGCUCUCGUCUCUUGUCGACUCAGCACGGAGAUGAGGGAUUGUCCGCCUGGCUACCAGGGAUGUCUCACACAGACUAAAGGGUCGCAGGUGACGAGGACUUGUGCUCAGUUCGCGAUGAAUUCUUGUAAGCCAGCUAACGGCGUGGAGUACUGCUACUGCGCUGGACAGCUCUGUAACUCCCCGCCUCCUGUGGCGGCCACGGUCACAGAUGACGAGGAUCUGGUGGAGGGUAGCGGCGAGCCUCCUCCUGAUCCCGUCUCCACCUCCAUCAUCUCUACAUCCACCACCACUCAAUCGACGCCUCUACAGGUCAACAGAACCAAAUCAUGCUCCGCACCACUGACACCUUCUCUAGUCCCCUCAGUUAUAUUGAUCUUGCUGACAGUUUGGAGGUAGUUCGGUUCUAUAUUCGUGGAUGUUUCCUUCAGUGUACAUUGUAAACUGUGAUAGUGUUUUACUAUGGUAAAAACGUACCUUAUGUACGGUAGUGCAAAUUUCAACUUGAUCGAUCAUUUAUGUAGAGAGCAGAUUGUCCUCUUUCAAAGUAAGGUCUUUACAACAAAUUCUGUGUUCAACACAAAACAUGCUAUUUCUUUUUUAUAAAUUCACACUUAUGAUGGAAAUAUUCUUUAAUUAAUUAUUGCAUUAUUUAACAAACAAAAAGGGUUUUAUCGGAUUUGUAUGAAUUGCUAUUAGCGAAUAUAUGAAAAAUAAAGAAUUAAAUAAUAUAGUUAUCGUGGAUUACAUAGUGAGGUAAAUUACUGAAUACAUGUGCAAUAAGUACCAAACUGUUCAGUGCAGGCAAGUGCUUGGACUGCCAAGACCAAUAUUUUACAUCAUCAAUUUUCUAAUUAUACUCAUAGAAGGUUCAUGUUAAUAUAGUAAAACAUAGAGUGUUAGGGGCGUUUUAUUAUUUAAUAUAAACACACAAUUUAUUAAAAUUGCGAUUCAAGUAGUUCAAAUGUAUAAAUUAGCUACUCAUAGACUAUUAUUUGGAAAAAUAAGUAUAGAAUCAUUUAUCUGAAAACAAUGCUUAUAGAUUAUAACGGUUUAUGUGAAUUGUAUAUUUUAAAUGAAUAGUUUUACAAUAAUGUCCAGAUCAUAAGUUACCGAAUUUAAGCGUGACCUACAGAAGUCUGAAUACUGACAGUGAAAGGAUUAGUAAACUUGCAUUUCACACGCCACCCUCAAACAAAGUUGUUUACCAACUAAAUAAAAUUGGUUUUAUUCUAUAUUGACGAUUGCGAUGUACUUCUUUGUACCUUAUGCAAUAAAAAGAAUUGAAUCUAUACCAGCAAUAGAAUGCCACUCGCAUUACUACAGGCAUAUUCAAACUAGUGACUAACAUCAGUGCCUAUAUAUUCUGGUCGGCGCAUAUUUGUAGCCUAUUUGACGACAAUCUGAGUGAAUGAAAUAUUUGCAGGUUUUGGGGACGUAAUUCCCAACCCUUUCAAUGCAAGGUUUUACAAACAUGUCAGGAAAAUUUGGCUGGCUUAACCAAUCUGUAACAGAUUUUGAAUCUUGCUCAAACAUGAUGCUUAUUCUUCAUAAACAUGGUACGGUGAGAUUACAUAGUUACAAAAAAAUAUUGUACUUUCCUACUCGGGAACGUCUACGAAUACUAUACUAUAUCAACACAUAUAUUUUUGUUACAAAUAAAACACAAUGCAAUGUUGCUGUUUUCAACUUAACAUUCCUCACUCCACUUAUCAUUAAACACUCGGCGUUCGCUAUCAAGGUUUCUCUUUUAGUCACCAUCGACAACAGAGCAGAAACUGAUAUAUUGAGAUUGAGAAAAUAAAGGUAGGCUAGGCUAUACGAGUUUGUUUGGCGCCAAUAACUCGUGUUACAGACCGAACCACAUACGGUAGCUCGAACGGCGGCGGCUACCACAUGCCACAUUUCUCACGCAGUGCAGUGUAGUGCUGUUACUAUCAGUUGCUUCUUAAAGUGAAGUGCAUUGUAUGUUUGCCCAAUUUCCCACCAUUUCGUGGUGAACCAAUAUGGUUGUUAAAAAAAAACAUUAGAAAUUAAAUCCCAAGAAGUCUUAUUUUUUUAUAAGCAUUGAUUGGUUUUUCGUAACAAAUUCAUAAGGAAAACAUAUUUUAAUGUUUUGAAAGUAAAAUAAGGUAUAUAUAAGAAAUACUAUCAGGAAUACUACUUAAAAGAUAACCUUUAACUAAUAGGGCUAAUGUUAAGUUAGCCUAGCAAAAGCGAGUUUCUACAACACUCGCAUCACUAAAAUCCUUCAUCACUUCGCUAUUGACAGAAAUUAAUUUUUGCUGACUAGCAGCGGGCUAGAUCCAGCCGACGCGACAGGCCGUAAUUAUUUAAAGACCACUGUUUUAGAGGUCCAACGACGUUGCAAAAUGGAAUUUGAAACACAAUACAGACAAGAUUUACGUACGAAUUUGUGAAGUCACAGGCAGACAAACAGUGAAAAGUAUGAGCGAGGAAUACUACGGAAGAAAAAAACCUCUACAUAGGCUACAAUCUCGAAAUAAAUUAGAUGUAGUGGUAUUAGAAACUGGGUUUUUACUCAACCUUGCAUUUUUAAGGAAUAAAUAAAAAAUCUCCUCCACGAAAAUAUGAGUUUAAAAAGGGUUUGGAUCCCAAACUGAAAUCCUGGGUGUGCCGCUGUAAUAUUAUCUAACGCAACUUAACUAAUUUUCUCAGAAGAAUGCUAUUCAAGAAGGAAUGUUGCAUGAUGUUUAUGUAACUGAUUGAAUGUUUUGAAUACCGUUUCAUUGCUCAUUCCCAUCCUAUACCUACUGUGUGGACUGUGGCAUCUCUUGUUACUGCAUGUCAGCCAUCACAGUAUUGAUGAUGACAAGGCAUUAAUUACACAAUGCACUGAUCCUGGACUCUCUUGAAUAACGCUGGAAUUCAGAUUCAAUAAAUCAUUCGUUACAGUAGUUCUAUUAUACAUGCUUAAAAUUUGUAGUGUAAAAUUUUUGUUAGUAGCGACAAACCAAUAUUUGGGUAAAAUAAGUAAAAAGCUCAGCUGUUACAAUGAUACCGGUACUUAAUAAAUUUGUCUUGAAUGUAACAAAAAAUAUUCUCAGUUAGGCUUUGUGAAUUUAUUAGCUCAUCCAGAUUUUCUAAACAAAAGCAGCCUUGUUGGAUUUUGGUUUAAUUUCUCUGUUAUAUAUUAUUGUAUUAAGUAUAAUAUAAAAAGAGAAAAUUGAAGCAAAACAAUCGCAAUCUACUUCUUAAAGAUACCUCAAGGACAUAACAUUAAAAACUAUAAGUGAUUUGAAAAUUAUAUUUGUAAACAAGUAAAAACGUAUAUUUUGUACAGGAU